CAAAACUCCCGACCUUCGCCGCAACAACGCGGGACAAAAGAUGAAAAUGUUCGUUUCCCAUUCGGAUCUUCGUGCCAUGACCCUGAACGCCACCGGAUUGCGUCACCACCAGGGGCUCCACCCUGUGCGAUCGGACCCGAGACGACAAUCCGGAUACUAUCGGAUCCCGCAUUUGCUCCUCCCGGUGAGGCCGAGGGCGGUAUACGGUAUCGCUUUGGAGGAGAAGACGAAGAAGAAGAAGAAGAACGAUAAGAAGCCGGCGAUCUGUACGGCCGACGAACUACACCACGUCUCUGUUCCCAACUCCGAUUGGACCCUCGCUCUCUGGCGCUACCUUCCUUCCCCUCAGGCACAGCCGAGGAAUCAUCCGCUGUUGCUGUUGUCAGGGGUUGCGACGAAUGCUAUUGGAUAUGAUCUCUCUCCUGAGUCCUCUUUUGCACACUACAUGUCUGGCCAAGGAUUUGAUACAUGGGUUCUGGAACUUCGAGGUGCUGGGUUGAGCACACGCAGAACUGACUUUAAGGAAGUUGGGCAACCACUUGAUGCCAUGGUAGAUUCUUCAGUUAAAAGUGGAAUGGAUGGCGUUUUUCCUUCAGGGCGACAUUCUACCUUUGAACCUGCUGCUUUUACUGAUUCGGACAUCUCUAUUGUCAAUAGAGAAAGCAAAGAGACUGUGUCUAAAUCUGAUGACUUGAAGUUAGUCACCAAAUUUAUGGAAACUUUUUCACUUUUAUCGGAGAAACUUGCAGGCUUUUUAAAUGGAGGUUCUCUAGAAGUGGGGCAAAAUUCUGCUAUUGCUAGCCAAAUUAGAGUUUUGAGUCAAGGGCUCGCAAAUAUUAUUGAAGAAGGUCAGCUAUCAGUUCCAACACGGAUUUUGGACUUGCAAGGGCGUUUUUCUACUACAUUAGAUGAAUUCCAGAAACAACUUGAUCUGAUUGUGAAGUAUGAUUGGGACUUUGAUAGCUAUUUGGAAGAGGAUCUACCUGCUGCGGUGGAGUACAUAAGGACUAGUUGCGAACCAAAGGAUGGAAAGUUGCUUGCAAUCGGUCACUCGAUGGGUGGUAUCUUGCUGUAUGCAAUGCUCUCUCAAUGCUGUUUUGAAGGAAGGAACCCUGGGUUCGCCGCAGUUGCUACUUUGGGAUCAUCACUUGACUAUACGACUUCAAAGUCUUCACUCAAAUUACUUCUACCUCUGGCUGACCCUGUACAAGCUCUAAAUGUUCCUGUUAUUCCAAUUGGGGCAUUGCUCGCUGCAGCACAUCCUCUUACAUCUCGUCCACCUUAUGUUUUGUCUUGGUUAAAUGCUCAAAUUUCUGCUCAGCACAUGAUGCAUCCGAAGUUAUUUGAAAAGCUUGUUUUGAACAACUUUGGUACAGUACCUACCAAGCUUCUCUUGCAGCUAGCAACAGCCUUCCAAGAAGGCGGUUUACGUGACAGAAGUGGAAGUUUCUUUUUCAAGGAUCAUUUACACAAAAGCAGCGUCCCUGUUUUAGCACUUGCGGGGGACCAAGACCUAAUUUGUCCACCUGAAGCUGUCAAUGAAACGGUGAAGUUGAUUUCUGAAGAUUUGGUAGCUUACAAAGUUUUUGGAGAACCUGGAGGUGCACAUUAUGGUCACUAUGAUCUAGUGGGAGGUCGUUUGGUAGCAGAUCAAGUGUAUCCAUGCAUAGUUGAAUUUCUCAACCGUCAUGACAAGAUUUGAUUUCCUCAUCUCGUUUUCUCUACUUGAAAUUUUAGUUCAAUUCUUUUGUCCAUAUAGAAGUUAAAUGAGGAUUCCUGAAGAUAGAAGGUCCCUCAGUAUCCUGAUCAUGUAUGUUGUUGUUGUAUCUAUUUCCAUUGUUUACAUAGUUGAAAAGUAAAUAGCAUAUACGACAAUUGAAAAGAUAAAUCAGUUAGUGUUAAUUGAAACAAUGUUACUCUUGAUAGAUAUCAUGUACAAGAAUUUAGAUGA